UAUGUUGUCUUGAGUAGUAGGAUGGAGGAGGGCAAUGCGAGUAGCGGCGGAAGGGGUCGGAACAAACGCUAUUGGACUCCGGAGGAAGAUAAAGCUCUCAUUGUUGCUUUGUAUGAAAUGGCUACUGAUAGUCAUUGGAAGUGUGAGAAUGGUUUCAGAAAUGGAUAUAUGUCCAAAUUGGAAGAGUUGAUAAGCAAGACCAUUCCUAGAUGUGGGUUGAAAGCUACUCCCCACAUUGAUUCGAGGUUGAAAAUACUUGUUAAAAAGUAUAGAGCUAUAAUGCAAAUGUUGGGAACGAGUGGAUUCAAAUGGGAUGAUGAAAAGCAUUGAUGAAAAGCAUACAAUUGCUGUUGAAAAAUCAGUGUAUGAUGAGUAUUGUAAGAUUCAUCCAAAUUGUAGGAAUUUGUAUGGUGUCCCAUUCCCUUACCUGAAUGAAAUGGAGAGUAUUUAUGGGAAGGACUAUGCUACUGGAAAGUCUGCCGAGGGCUUUGUUGAAGCCGUUGAGAACUUGGAGAAAGAAGCUACUGUACCACUUAGUCUCGAAUCUAGUGAUGAGGAUGUUACUGCUGAUGGAUCUUCUACACCUCCUUUAAAGAAGGUGAAAAUAGAGCAAAACAUGAAAAGAGGAAGAAAGGGUAUUGAUACCGCUAAGGGAUCACAAACUUCUGAAUUUAUCAAGUUUGAAAACUUUGCGGAUAAUAUAAAUGUUCAUCUUUCUGCAAUGGCGAAUGCCAUGAAAAGAGCUGAAGAUCGAGAGACGGAGGUCCACGACCGAGAGAUGGAGCUUGCGAAGAUGAGUGACAAAGUAUUGGAUGAACUGCUUGCCUUAGAAGGCAUUACUACUGAUGAAGCGUUGGCAGCAGCAGAAGUCUUUUUAGCCCAACCUCAUAAGCUCACACUUUUCUUCAAGUGCUCUAGUGCUUUGAGAACGAGAUAUGUCAAAGGUCUUCUAGGUGAAAGUCAAGGAGGAAGGUCAUAGGUGCUUGUAUUGGUGUUUUUAUUUUGGACGAUAUUGUUUUGUUCAUGACAAUUGGUUUUUUCCCUUGUAUUGUUGACAUUGUUCUGUUUUUGAAGUUUUAGACGGGUAAUGUUUUUUGAAAUGGUUGUAUCAUCUUUAAAGUAUGUUGUGAUAUGUGAAUUUUGUUUAAUUGUAUCUUUAAUAAAAUAAAUAAGUAUUAUUUUU